UACGGUGGCCACAGAGGAACAAACUCUAAAGUGGUUCAGUUCACUUCCUGCAUCAGCGCUCUAGGGCUUCUCCACUCUAUCAAAUGCACUGUAUAAUUAAUCACAUAGUAAAACUAUGACUUCAUCAGCUGAGUAUGUUUUAGGCAUUGAUUUGGGAACCACCUCGAUCAAGGUUGUGUUGUUUGACACCCGAUCAAAGACCGUGACGCACAGCUGCAGCUUACAGACCAACUCUGACGUCAUUGACGAAACGCAUGAACACGUCAAGGAGCAGGACCCUGUGCGGAUCAUUGGCACUCUUGACCGGUGCAUGUGUGCUCUCCCUAAGGAAAAACUGCAUGACGUCAAAUGCAUUGGGGUAUCAGGACAGAUGCAUGGGGUUUUAUUCUGGAAAUCUAACACAGGCUGUGAGUUGUACAGUAGUCAUGGAGAACAUAAAUUUAGACCUCAGGAUGUGAGUCAUCUGAUCACAUGGCAGGAUGGCCGCUGCACUAGCGAUUUCCUGUCUUCGUUACCCAAACCCGAGUCACACCUGAAUGUGGCUACUGGUUUUGGGUGUGCCUCCAUCCUCUGGUAUACCAAGCACAGCCCUGAAUUUCUUUCAAAGUUCAGUGUCUCAGGAACCAUUCAGGAUUAUGUGGUGUCCAUGCUGUGUGGUUUGGACGUCUGCCGCAUGAGCGCCCAGAAUGCUGCUAGCUGGGGCUACUUCAACACCACCAACAACAAGUGGAAUACUGAGAUCCUGAAAGGAGCAGGCUUCCCGGUGCACUUGUUGCCAAUGGUGGUGGAUUCUGGGUCUAUAGCUGGUGAGACCUGCUUUGAGUGGCAUGGAAUUCCUGUUAACACACCUGUAGGAGCAGCUCUGGGAGACUUCCAGUGCAGCGUUUACUCCUGUAUGACGAAUAAGAUGGAUGCAGUAUUAAACAUGAGCACUUCAGCACAGCUGACAUUCUCCAUGCCUGCUGAUUUUACUCCUGCGAGUGUGCCAGAUGCCCUCUCCCCUAUUGCGUACUUCCCUUAUUUCCACAACACCUACCUGGCCGUGGCCGCUGCACUCAACGGAGGCAACAUCCUGGCAACGUUUGUUGGAAUGCUGACUUCUUGGAUGAAGGAAUUUGGAGUGGAGGUCAGUGACUCUGCAGUGUACUCCAAGCUGAUCCAGUGUGCUCUAACUCAACCCAGCACUGACCUCUGCGUCACCCCGACACUGCUAGGAGAACGGCACAACCCGGGCAGCCUCGCUGCCGUGUCCCACAUCUCCCCAAACAACCUUUCUCUGGCUCACGUGACUCGUGCCCUUUGCACAGGUAUGGUAGCUAACCUAGCCACCAUGAUGCCCCCUCACUUGCUGUUAGAUGCCGGAGUAAAACGGAUUAUGGGUAGUGGGAACGCUCUGUCUCGGAACGAAGCCUUAAGACAGGAAGUAGAACGAGCGUUUCCUUUUCCUGUGGUCUACGGGAAAGAUGUGGACUCUGCAGUCGGAGUGGCAAUGGUUUUUAAUGACAAGCUUUUAGGAAAAGACCACACUACUUAGAAUGCACUAUAGAUACACCUUGUUGGCUGCAUUUCUAAAUAUAAACCAAAGUUCUGCGUCAUCUUAAAAUCCUUUAAGACAUUAAUUGCUUUUAUUUUGGGUCCGCAAUAAAAAUGUUUUCAUUCCAUUAAGGUUCCAUUAAUAUGAGGGUUGUUUAAGUCACACUUGUGAAUGAAGGUGUAAAGCCAAUUGAUAUUUACAGAAGAGUUCAAGCCCAGUAUGGUGUGAGACUCUUAGCCGCAGGAAUUUUUUUAAUGGUGCAGAUAUUUGAAAGAAGGCCGUACGUCUGUGAAUGAUGAUCCCGGCCAAGGUUGCUCGGGCACCCACUGCAGUCAUUCCCAUGAGCAUUCUGCGAGUGGACUGCCUGAUCUUUGAAAAUCCACUGAUACUGUAUCUUGUCGCCACUUGUCCAUGGGAACUGUACACACAAUCAUUCACCAACACCACUUGCAAAUUACAGGAACUUGGUUGGGAGUUAAUGCCACAUCCCUGUACAGUCCUGAUCUCGCUCCAAGCCCUUUUCACAGGUUUGGGUCAUUAAAGGAGUUCCUGGAAUGCUGGGAUCAGUGCAUUAGUGUAGCAGGGGAUUAUAUGGAAAAUUAUAUGAACUAUAACUAUAUAAAGGUAGUUUUUACUCUCCUAUCUGUGUUGUAUUAUUCUGCACUGUCAAAAGUCCCAGUUUGACUUGAACAACCCUAUUACAUCAAGUAUUAACUUUAUAGAGAAGAUUUUGUUUUUUUGGGACUGUAAUAAUUGCAUUGUAAGGUGCUAAAUUAUUGUUUACUUAUUAAUUAUAAUAAUUUAUUAUUAUUUUAUUGUCAAUUUCCUGCAAUUUUUUUGGGCCAGAUCCCUCAUGGCAUUGUUUGUGCUAAAUGAGCAUAUACUGUAUACUGCCUUUCUUUGUUUCUUUUCUUUUCUUUUUUAGACAUAUUUUGUAAUUGUACAGUAACAUUAACUAAUCAUUUGUAAAUUGUAUUUUUUUAAAGAUGAAAUACUAAAUAUUUUGUAUAUACAGUACCUGCAUAUCAUGAACAUUCCAUUAAGAUCAAAUCAUUCGUCAAUGAGUCUGCAGGUCUUUCUAGGAUUCUCAGUCACACAUUUUCUC